AUGCCCAUGCAGCCGCAGGCGCCGGCGAUGACCCCGGCCGCCGGAAUCACCACGGAGCAGAUCCAAAAGUAUCUGGAUGAGAAUAAGCAGCUUAUUUUGGCUAUUUUGGAAAAUCAGAACCUAGGAAAAUUGGCAGAAUGUGCUCAGUAUCAAUCACAACUUCAGAAGAACCUCUUGUAUCUCGCUGCAAUCGCAGAUACCCAACCACAGACUGCUGUAAGCCGCCCUCAGAUGGCGCCGCCUGGUGCAUUGCCUGGAGUAGGGCAGUACAUGUCACAGGUGCCUAUGUUCCCACCGAGGACACCUCUAACACCCCAGCAGAUGCAGGAGCAGCAACUUCAGCAGCAGCAGGCUCAGUUGCUAAAUUUCAGUGGCCAAAUGGUUGCUAGACCUGGCAUGGUCAACGGCAUGCCUCAGUCCAUUCAAGUUCAACAAGCUCAGCCACCACCAGCAGUGAACAAACAGGAUGCUGGUGGGGUUGCCUCGGAGCCCUCGGGCACUGAGAGCCACAGGAGCACUGGUGGUGAUAAUGAUGGUGGAAGCGACUAG